AUGGAGAACCGAAGGGCUCGGCCGCCUGCCCGGCUCACAUCGCGAGGUUCAUUCCGUGCCGGCUCGCCAUUGCCGACUCUGCGGUCCACGCUGCGCAAGUCUGGCACAUUGCGGAGGCAGUCGACGACCCAGCACUAUCACACAUUUCCGACACCUCCCCCCAAGACCGCCGGCCACCGAGGCCGCGAAUCCAACUCGUCCUCGUCCACCUCCCUCAACGCCGAUGCGCACUCUUCGGCCACGCCUCUGCCAAUCUCCCAGCUGGCCCUUCUUGCCCUUCUGUCGCUGGCCGAGCAGACGGCCCUCAACUCGAUAUCGCCAUACUUGCCUGCCAUGGUGGCAUCCUUCCCCGGCGUCGACAGUGAGAGGGUGGGCGUAUACGUUGGACUGCUCGCGUCUUCAUUCGCACUCGCACAACUUACCACAAAUUUACUCUGGGGAUACCUCUCCGACAUAAUAGGCAGGAAACCAGUAAUGCUCAUGGGAACGUCAUUGUUGUGCGGCUGCUUCAUGCUCUUUGGCUUUUGCACGCGAUAUUGGCACAUUGUUCUGGUGCAUGUGGCCAUGGGGCUGCUGAACGGCAAUGCUGCAGUCGUACCGACAUGUUUGGGCGAACUGACGGAUCGAAGCAACCAGAGCAAAGCCUUUACCUGGUUGCCUGUAGUCUACAGUUUGGGCAGCAUUACCGGACCUGCGCUCGGUGGCCUGCUCGUCGGCAAAGUGGCUGGCGACACAUACCCGUUCCUGGCACCCAACAUUAUGGGGGCAUCUCUGCUAGCUCUAAGCGUUAUUGUUCUGUUCUUUUGGUUCAAAGAAACACUGGAGGAGCCUGGAGCAGCGCCAGAUUGGCAAGAGAAACUGCAUUGGUUGUGUUGUUGCAUGAGGAGGACAAAAAACAAGCUGAAGCACUCGUUGGACAAUUCGCCAGAGGGUCAAAAUGGUAGAGCUUUAGAUGGGACAGAUGAGCAAAGCGGUUUGCUCAGCUCAGACGAUGCCGAAGAUGAUGACGACGCAAAAGGCCCCUCGGAUCCGGCCACAUGGCGACAAUUGUCCAACCGCACCACAAUACUAUUGUUGAUUACAUAUCUUGUAUUCCAAGUCUCCAACAUCUCAUUCAGCAGUCUGUACCCGCUCUUUGCAUCUGGUAAACCUCCGACUGGCAGAGGAUUGCAUGCGGAUGUCAUUGGCGUGUCACUCUCUGUCGCCGGAAUCUUUACAAUCUUGUUCCAACUCUUCGCAUUCAGACCAAUCAAGGCCAAGUUGGGAAAUCUUGGCACCUAUCGAGGCUCCCUACUCGGAUUCGCCAUCAGCAUGGCCCUUAUGCCCUGGGUCGGAUAUCGAGAGUCUUCGCCUCCGUUCGGCUUCGGAGAUAGCAAGAUUUGGUUGUAUGUGGAAAUGGGCUUCAUUCUGGUCAUCAAAAACAUUUGCGCCGUCGGAGGGCUUUCGAGCGUCAUGUUGUUGAUCACCAAUUCUGCCCCGUCUCAUGCCACUCUGGGCACGUUGCAGGGUAUUGCGCAAACUCUUUCGGCUGCUGGUCGAAGCUUCGGGCCCUUUGUCUCGGGCAGUCUCUUCUCGCUCUCCAUCAACGUGCAGCCCAAAGGUGAGGCGUUGGCAUGGGGCCUCUUUGCAGGGAUAUCGCUCGCCGGCUGGUUAGGCAGCUAUGCUAUCCAUGCUGAAGGAUUGGAGAGUACCGACGACGGAUAUGAAGAGGAAGACGACCACUCGGAAGAUGAGGAAGCUCGGUGA